AAGUGGCAGGAACAGGAAGUGGACACUGCAAGUGGUUAUCGUCAUGGCGGCAGCCUAGGCCAGACACGGUGGUGAGAGCGGCGGCCCGGUCACCCCUGGUUGGGCACGGGGCGGGGAAUCUCGCCUGAAGGAAAACGAGGAGCCCUGUAACAGGGCUGAGCCUUCCCCGGGAAGGGAUCUAGGACCUCUGCGACAGGGUCAGCACCUCUCCCCACAGCUCCUCUUUGUCCCCGCCCCACUGCUGGGAUUCCGGAGACGCCGGGAUGACGCAGGCGGAGCUACGGCUCUGCUCCCUCCUGCUCCAGGAGCACUUCGGGGAGAUUGUGGAGAAAGUCGGGAACUCCCUGCUCCGGACGGGACCGCGGCCGCUGCGGCUCCUGGUGGGGGACACGGGGCUGCUCCCUGAUCAGGUCAAGAAGGCCCUUUGUGUCCUGAUCCAGCACAGCCUGGUGCGGUACGAGCUGCAGCCCCGGGGCUCUGUGGAAUAUGAGGCGCGGAGUGAGCGGAUCCUGCGGAUCCUGCGCUACCCCCGUUAUAUCUACACUGCCAAGACUCUCUAYGGGGACCCGGGAGAACUGCUGGUGGAGGAGCUUCUGCUCCAUGGGCACCUUCCCAUGAGCUGUGCUGUUGCCAGGGUUGCCGACCGCCUCACUGAAACCAUGGAAGAUGGGAAAACGGUGGAUUAUAGUGAAGUGUCCAGUACAUUUGUGCGCCUGGCAGAUACCCACUUCAUCCAGAGGUGCCCGAUGGUCCCAGAAAGCCCCCGGAGUGCCAAGGUGCCACUACCCCCUGCACCUGCCAUGGCCAUUGCCGAGAAGGACAUGUAUAUUGUGCCUCGGCUCAGCCUUGUCGGGAAAGGGAAGCGGAGACACUCRUGCGACGAGGAAGAGGAGGGGAAGCACAAGGCUAAAAGGCAGAAGCAGGAGGGAGGAAGCUCAGAGACUCCCCCAGAUGAUGGCAUUUACUGGCAAGUCAACCUAGAGCGCUUUCAUCAGCAUUUCCGUGACCAGGCUCUGGUCAGUGCCGUGGCCAGCCGCAUGGACCAGACCAGCAGCGAGGUGGUGCGGACAAUGCUGCGCAUGAGCGAGGUGACCACGGCCUCAGGUGCAUCGCGCACACAGCCGCUCUCCUCCAAUGAGAUAUUCCGAUCUCUUCCGGCUGGGUACAACAUUGGCAAGCAGGUGCUGGACCAGUACCUGGCACUCCUGGCUGACGAUCCGGUGAGCCUGGGGGCACCAGACAUGGGACUGGGGGGACUCUGGAGCUCUGUUGAUUCUGUGAUUCCUUGGUUGUUUCUCUGUCGGUCUGAGGUAUGGUAUGUUUUCCUGAGAAUUAAGGAAGGUUUUGAGAUUCCCAGGACUCCAGACCAUGCUCCUUCCCGCACUUUCUACCUGUACACAGUGAAUGUGAUGGCCGCUGCUCGGAUGCUGCUUCACAGGUGCUACAAGAGUGUGGCCAACCUGAUGGAGCGACGGCAGCAUGASAUGCGRGAGAACAAGAGGCUCCUAGAGAAGUCACAGCGCGUGGAGGCCAUCCUGGCCUCCAUGCAGGCCACAGGUGCUGAGGCGGCACAGCUGCAUGAGGUCGAGGAGAUGAUCACAGGUCCUGAGCGGCAGCAGCUCGAGACCCUAAAACGCAAYGUCAACAAGAUCGAUGCCAGUGAGAAUCACGUGGAUGAGACCAUCUUUGUGCUGGAGUCAUUCAUUGAGAGCACCGUGAAGAGGCCGUGAGGCAACAGGACGGGAACAAGGAUGCGAACACAGACGAGGACAAGAAAAUGGAUGGGGGUGUGGAUGGGCAGAGGGACCAGAUUCCUCUGCCCACAGAGCUUGUGCUGCUGAGGAGAAUAAAGCGAUAGUUGUUAAUGCACCUGCAUGUCAGCUGGGCAUUGGAGCACACAGGACGUGGGGUCCACAUGGGACAUGGGACAGGGAACAGGAUGCACAGGACAUGGGGGACAGAGGAUAUGGACACAUGGAGGAUGCAGGACACAUAGGGACACGCAGGACGUAGAUGCACAAGGACACAUAGAGGGACACACAGGACACACGAGGACUCGYAGGACAUGCAGGAUGCACAGAGGGCAGUGGAUACGUGGGGACAUGCACAGGACAUGGGGUACACACACAGGAUUGUUUUUGUGUCCCUCAGGACACAUGCUGGUGUUCUGCAGCUGCAAAGGGGUGCUCUCACUGCAGGAGCAUYGCUGCAGAAGGAUGGGACAUCUGUCUCUUCCUGGGGUGUAGUGACAGAGGAGGAACAAAGCAGAGAGGAGCCCGAGCGGGAGAUGAGUKGCACACUGUGCCUUUGCUGUGGGGCAGGUGCGAGCCCGUGAGACAGGAGCUGGGG